GCAACGUCAGUCGCAAUGGCUGAGACAAACGCUGGCGUUCACGUCGACACUGUGCGCAUGCAGGCUCGCUCUCUUGUCGAACCAAUGCGUAACGAUCUCUAUUUAACAUCUACGGGUAGAGGCCACGAAGUGAGACCGACAAGCGACUUUCCUCCACCAGAUCACAAGACGACUCGGACAAAGCCGCUGCCCAACUACCUGGACAUCGAGUCGAACGUUUGUGUUGAUGACAUGUACAGGACUACGACGGGCACCUUUCAUGACUAUAAACCUCAUGUUACAAUGCUGCAGCAACCGUUACAUAAGAAAGCUCCGGGAUCGUGGAAAGUUCAUUACAAUUAUGAAUUUCAAGAGAAGCUCAAUGAAAAGCCUUGGAGGGCACCUCUCACAAUGAGCGAACAGCACUCGGAAGCAAAAGAUCAAUAUCGUGGGAUGACUACAAUACCGGCAAUUCACGACCAGCCGGCCUUCUCAAGAGGCCUCCAGCCACCGACAUUGAAAGACCAGCACGUUUCAGGAACAACAAAGGAAAUCAUAGCAUCAGCUGAAAAUGCCGCAAUGAAAGGAGAACCCUUUGUUAUUCGUGACCAAGGGACUUUACAUCUUGGUGAACCAUACGUUUCCACAACUAACAAAGAUCACAGGGCAUUCAGCAAAUGGGAGCUUAGUCAAUACCCAAAGAAAGAUGUGGCAACAUACUGGCAAUGUGAAGAUUACCCAAAAGCUUGGGGACAUGGAACAAAGAGCAAUCCGCUACCCAAAGAGUCAGUUCCAAGAGAAAAAGGUCCAAUGAGAGACGAGACAUUUAUGACAACAGCAACCAGCAUCCCCCCUCUACCAAAACAACCAGACAGAGUCCCUCAUCGAGGUAUAGAGCCUUUAUACAAAGAGUCGUUUGACUGGCCUUCAGAUGACAAAGUUCGUGAACUAUUUCUGUGUCCAGUUCCGAAACCAUUUGAGCAGACAGCGGUUCGUGACAGUCAACCUCUUGCACCCAACAUGUAUCAGACAUUCAACAGCGAGUACGGCAGUCGACCGCAAUACACAACGACCAGCACAUAAUCCAGUGGCACAUGACUUGAGACGUCUUCAGAGUUUCUAAUAGAUUCAGUUUUACGUACAGCAUUUUGAUGCAUUUCAGGUCUGUGAUGGACGAUCUAUUGUUGAUUAAAUGUACAUGUUAGAAAGAAAGACGACACGAAAUGUGUGUGCUCAGUA